UCCCGCCCACCCCGAUGAAUUCCACCUGUGGUGCUUUCACUUGUGCAGCAGAGACGCUGCCCCUGGGAGGCGCGGGAAAGAAAGGGUUAACUGGAGAGAGGGGCGCUGGUUGAGAUCUGGGUGCCAGUGGCCCCCUGCCCACCACUGGGUGGUGAGAAACGAGGGAGGGUGAACUUCCCCUCAGAGAUUCUGGUGGGGAAAUAUGCCUUGCGUCAAUAAAACUGACUGUGCUGCACAAUCAGGGAGAGAAGCUGGGAAGACCAAGAAGUAUCUCGGAGAUGGCUUUUGAACUGCGGAAAUAUUUGUCUGAGGAAAAAGGCUUUAAUUUAAUGCUGGGCUUCAUCAUCAGGCCUCCUCACCAACUCCUGUCCCUUCUUUCGUGUCCUGGACUCCGGAUACCUCGAUUUUCAGUACUUUGUGCUCCACCCAGACUCAGAACCAUGGCCGCCUCAUCCUCUUCCUGGGAACUGCCCCUGGUGGCUGUGUGCCAGGUAACAUCGACCCCAGACAAGGAGCAGAACUUUAAAACAUGUGCUGAGCUGAUUCGGGAGGCUGCCAGACUGGGCGCUUGCCUGGCUUUCCUGCCUGAGGCAUUUGACUUCAUUGCACGGAACCCUGAAGAGACACGCCGCCUGUCUGAGCCACUGAGUGGGAACCUUUUGGAAGAAUAUACCCAGCUUGCCAGGGAAUGUGGACUCUGGCUGUCCUUGGGUGGUUUCCAUGAGCGUGGCCAGGACUGGGAGCAGACUCAGAAAAUCUACAACUGUCAUGUGAUUCUGAACAACAUGGGGUCAGUAGUGGCCACCUACAGGAAGACGCAUCUGUGUGACGUAGAGAUUCCAGGACAGGGGCCUAUGCGUGAAAGCAACUCUACCAUACCUGGGCCCAGUCUUGAGUCUCCUAUCAGCACACCAGCAGGCAAGAUUGGUCUAGCUAUCUGCUAUGACAUGCGGUUCCCUGAACUUUCUCUGGCAUUGGUUCAGGCUGGAGCAGAAAUACUUACCUACCCUUCGGCUUUUGGAUCUGUUACAGGCCCAGCCCAUUGGGAGGUGUUGUUGCGGGCCCGUGCCAUUGAAACCCAGUGCUACGUAGUGGCGGCAGCACAGUGUGGCCGCCACCAUGAGAAGAGAGCCAGUUAUGGCCACAGCAUGGUGGUAGAUCCCUGGGGAACGGUGGUGGCCCGCUGCUCUGAAGGACCAGGCCUUUGCCUUGCCCGAAUUGACCUCAACUAUCUGCAACAGUUGCGCAAACAACUGCCUGUGUUCCAACACCGCAGGCCUGACCUCUACGGCAAUCUGGGUCACCCACUGUCUUAAGACUUUUGACUUCUGUCCACUGAGACCUCCAUUGUGAGCUGGUGGUGUUGUGACUUGUAGGCAGGACCCAGGCGCAGCUUCCCUCAUUUGGAGAACCUUGUCUCUUGAUGGAACACAGGCUCAGCUUCUUGGAAAAGAAGAAACUUUCACCUGAGCUCAGAUUUCAGUUUCAGAAAGGUGGAAUUUAAUAUAGUCACUGUUUAUUUCAUGAAAACUGAAGUUACGCUGAGGGCUGAGCAGCACUGGCAUUGAAAAAAAAAAAAUCAUCAUAAA